AUGAAGCUUCGAUCCCGGUCAACCCAUGACGAUGUUCCCAAUACGACACCCAAGAGAGCGAGAACAGAAAAAAAGCUGAACGAAUUCGAGGAGAUCUUUCCUGGUGCGAUCACUUCCUACGGUCAGUUUGGGAUGUGCCAAGGAUCUGACUGCGACGGGGUACCAUCAGAAACGGUCAAAAUAGGCAACGAGAGGUUCUGCGAAAAGUGUGCGAAAACGAAGCAUAGCAUAAGCAAAACAACUCUUUUUUACAAAUUUGAGAAGUCCGAUGCCGAGUUCAAAUGUCCAUCGUUUACCGAAACCGGAAGCUGCAAAUCGAGGAAGAUCUCAUUUCGUGAAUUCUUUCUCGGAUCAUGUUGCGAAAAGGCCUCCAAGUGGCUAACAACGAAUGAAAAAGCCCAGAGAAAGAAGCUUGCCGUCAUCAGGGAAUUCCAUGUCCAAGCUAAAGGAGAGAAAACAAAAGCGAAAAACAAAUUGGAUGAUAAAAAGAAGAAGAUCGAGGAGAUAGAGAAUUCUCAGGUCUAUCGAAAGAAGACGAUCAGGGAAAUCUCAAAGACAAUCCAAGAAACGGACAAGGAAAUCGCGGAGACGAAGAAAGUUCAGGAAAAGACAGAGGAAAUCUUGAAGCAGAAAGACGAAAAGUUGCAAUUCGUCGCGAAACGGUACAAGCAGGUUUCUUACGAAUACUACGGCGUCAGCUGCCAAGAAUACAAGGCGGACGAAAACGAGAACGCAGGCAAAAAAUGCCGGGUGUGCAUGGAAGAGUACGGCGAUGACUGGUUCAAGAACAAGAUGGUGCUGAGAGGAUGCGGUCAUGUUGCUUGCAGGAGAUGCCUCGAGCAAAUUAUCUACAACGAUGAUGACGAGGACGAAAGAGGGCGUUGUCCACACUGCCGACAAUGGUUCUACGAGGGAACGAUGAUCAAGAUCCACGAGUAG